GCCGCCGGCGCGUCUAAAUCCACGAGCAGCGGCCGGUGCGUCACAUGACCAGCGCGCGCGCGCGCGGCUCUGACCGCCUGAUGAGUGUUUUGGCUUUUAUUUCCGCGUUCAGACUCAGCCGAAUGACAGCCCCCUCCGCCGCUCUGUAUCUGCCCUCCACGCCGCGGAACUGCGUCGUUGCGCGCGGAGCUCUUCGCAACCGCCUGGCCGCCUGCACCCACGCCGCUGCGGCGAGACCAUGCUGACGCGCGUGAGAUCGGCGGUGGUGAAUUUCAUGGGCGGCGUGAUGGCCGGCGGGUCCAACGGCGACCAUCCCGGCGGCUCGGAUCUGCCGCUGAAAUUCCCGUACAGCCGACCGGAGUUCCUGGGACUCUCGCCGGAUGAGAUCGAGUGCUCGGCGGACCACAUCGCCCGGCCGAUCCUCAUCCUGAAGGAGACCAGGCGGCUGCCGUGGGCCACCGGCUAUGCGGAGGUGAUCAAUGCAGGAAAGAGUAUAUUAAACGAGGACCAGGCCUGCUGUGAAGUGCUGGUGGUCAAGAAGAAACCUCCGGGGGGCUCAGCGCCCAGCCGGGUCAAUAUGACACGACGGAGAUCUUCUCUGCCAAACGGAGAGGACCUGACCCUGCGGGACAAUCUGGAUGGCUCUGAAGAUCUCACCUUUCACUACUGGGCAUUGUUUGAUGGCCAUGCCGGCUCUGGUGCUGCUGUUGUAGCCUCCCGUCUUCUCCAUCACCACGUCGCCCUGCACCUCCAAGAGGUAAUGGAGAUCCUCUGCACACCCAACCUGCCGCCGCCAACUUGCCUGGAGGAGGAACCUGUCAAUCAUCUCCUCACCACCACAUCCAAUCGCGCCCUCACCCGGGCAGCUUCGCUUCGGGGGGCCGCGGGCGCUCCGGGUUCCCCCAACACUCCCCCCACACGCUUUUUCACCGAGAAGAAAGUCUCACAGGAGAGUUUGGUGAUUGGAGCCAUUGAGAAUGCCUUCAAAGACAUGGAUGUGCAGAUCGAAAAGGACAAGGCGACAUACGACAUCUCAGGUGGCUGCACGGCGCUCAUGGUUUUGUACUUGCAAGGCAAUCUCUACGUGGGGAACGCCGGCGACAGCAGAGCUAUCAUUAUCCGGGCGGGGGAAGUCAUUCCCGUGUCGGCAGAGUUCACACCGGAGUCAGAGAGACAGCGGCUGCAGUUUCUAGCCUACAUGCAGCCCCAUUUAUUAGGGAAUGAGUUUACACAUCUGGAGUUCCCAAGGAGAGUGCAGAGGAAGGAAGUUGGGAAGAAGAUGUUGUACCGAGACUUCACCAUGUCAGGAUGGGCGUACAAAACCAUAGACGAGGACGACCUAAAGUUUCCCUUGAUCUACGGCGAGGGGAAGAAGGCUCGUGUGCUGGCGACCAUCGGGGUCACGAGAGGUCUUGGGGACCACAAUCUUAAAGUCCACGACUCCAACAUUUAUAUCAAGCCUUUCCUGUCCUGCUGCCCAGAGGUCAAAGUUUACCCCUUAUCACAGUGGGAGCACAAGGCUGAUGAUGUUCUGGUGAUGGGAACCGAUGGUCUUUGGGAUGUCCUCUCCAACCAGGAAGUAUCUGAGGCGGUCACUAGUUUUCUGGCGAAUUGUGACGCGGAUGAUCAGCACAGGUACACAAUGGCAGCUCAAGACCUCAUCAUGAGAGCUCGAGGGGUGCUAAAGGAUCGAGGCUGGAGGAUUUCCAACGACAGAUUAGGUUCCGGAGACGACAUCUCCGUCUUCAUAAUUCCCCUUAUGUACGCAAACAAACAAAACUAGCCAAGCUAAGACAUCACAACCUCUCUGCUUUUUUCCACCCAUUCUUUUUUGUUUUCUGUAACGUUUUCCAGAAGUAUGUGAAAAUGUUUGCGGUCAUGAACAGGGUGUCCUGUCCGGGUGCCUCGAUUAUUGGUCUGGUCCUCUGAUGCAAAGAGGCAGAACCGCGUAAAGAGCUGUCAAAGACUUGAACCACGGCUUUUUACAAUCAUGAUGAAGUCACUUGUAUCUGGGUAAAAGCGGAUGGGGAUCUUGGAUUUGCACAUACGCUGUGGUAGUGAGGAUUACUGUUACUUAUGCACAAUACUUGUAAAAUGUAAAUAUGUGCACAAUCUUUUGGGAAAUGUGACUGAAUGUGUACAGUGUGUAGAAAAAAAAAAGAAGCAUCUGCAAUUGUAAACAACUUUGUUGAGGAAACACUAACAGAUUACACAAAUAGAUGUAGUCUUUGAGAUUUUUGUAGCUGAUUCACACUACACGUCCUCCCGCUUUAAUUAUCGUGAUACCUUUUGUUUUGAGGAGUUCAAACAUAGCUUUUGUUUUAUUUUGGAGGACUGGCGGACUUUUGAUUACCCAGAGUGCUCAAAUCUGGGAAGAUUCAUUCAAGCAGAUGUUGCAGCGCUGAUCUUUUUUUUUAACUAACACAUUUUGCUUCUGAAUUUCUUUUCGAUUCUCCCAGGUGUCUUUGUCUCAAGUUUCAAAAACACCCAAACUUCCUUAAAGCCAUUCCUUCGAUGUCAUCUACAUGUGCCAUCCAAAGAUCUAACAUAAAAACCCAAGAAAACUGUAGAAAUUCAUCCUAUUGACAAGAUGUGCCUCUAAUAAUGAGAAUUGCUAUUAUUUUUAAAGUGCAAAAAGAUGUAAAUCCCCUCUGAAAAAGAAAAACUAUUUGAUUUAUUUUAUAUUUUUCAUGUUAUGUUAACUGCUGUAAAAGUUGCUUAUGUAGGUAAAACUGUGGGAUUGAAAAACUGUUUUUUCUUUAUAAGUUAUGUACAUCUUUCCCAAAUCAAUACAAUUUGUUCUGUUCUAAAACCCAAAGCAAAAUUCUUUAAAAUGAGAAAUUAAAACAGUUGAAACUUUC